AUGAAGCGCCACGCGUCACAGCCAAUCACCGCCUUCUUCCAGCGCAAACAGACCCGGCGCAUCAGCAUCGAGUCCGUCAGUAGCGACAGCGACAGGGACCAGGACGUCGACGCUUCGUGUGAUGAUUCGCACUUGAACGAAUCGAACAGUCCAGCGGACCUGAAGUCCGACGUAACGGUGCAGUCAGUUGCAUCCAGACCAGUCAUCCAGCGACCUGGCUCGUCUCAUCCACUCAAUCGCGAAGACGUGACGGCCAUUCUGCAGCGUCGGGAGCUGGAUGGAGGGGCCGCGACGCGGUCGGUGAUUGGUGGAUUCCAGCGAUCUCGACGACGGCGGAAGCAGCUACUGGUCCGCUGGGCGCUUACGCAUUUUCAGCGCCUGCCCGUGGCGCUUCACUUAGGAACUGAUUGGGAACAACAGGCGGGGGCUUUGACCUCGGAGGCGUUUUACGUCAGUUGUCUCGAGUUUGAUGUUCAGGGCGUUCUGCUGGCUGCGGGGGCGUCAAAUGGGGUCAUUGCACUCUACGACUUUGAUGACGCUUUUUAUCAUAGUUUAAACCUUGGUCAACGGGUGCCGAGCAAAGAAGCAAAAGAUGAAAAUGAGAAAGAAAAUGAAGAAGAAGGUGACGAAGAGAUGAGGACGGACAAGAUGCUGCAUCCGAUCCACACGAUCUUCACACCAUUCGAGGUGAAAUGCAUUCGAUGGAACCCGUUCAAUGAGGAUGAGAUUGCGUGCACCUUUACAAAUCGAAAUGAGAUCUAUCUAUUUCAUCUGGACAAGUUCCCGAGCAGACCACACAAAGUUUUGAAGAGCUCGAACCAUCCUUCAAGCGGCUACAACGACCUCUUGUUUUUACCUGCAAUCGAGACGACGCGGCGACCGACAACUGCUUGCAUAAUUGCAGGUGAUGUUGACGGAGCUAUCCGGAUGUGGGAUCCUCGCUUUCCCCUGCGACCAGUAUGGAGCUUCCACACAGGAUCACCGGCAAAGUCAAUCAAUUCGCUGCUGCUGUCGGAGAACAAGCAGUUCCUCAUCUGCGGCAACGAAGCUGGAGUGCUCAUGACGUAUGAUAUCCAGCACAAGAUCGUUCCUGCAUUUGGUUCAAAGCCUGUACCGCAACGAAAAGCUGCAGUCAAGGUGAUGGAAGCAAUCAAACCAUAUUUAUCGCCUGCUUUGAUAGAGGCUGUCCUUCUCACGAGUCGAUACGGAUCCUCUGGAAUUAUGUCACUACAUCUGAUGCCGAACUCCAAGACACAAGUGCUGUGUCAGAUGCGCAACGAUUGGGUGAUCGUCAUCGAUUAUCUUCUCGGCUCUGUGAUUAAGCUCCACACAUUCCUUCGAGGAACAAUACCACGGGAUAAGUUAAAGAUUGACGGGUCUGCAUCCGUGCUCUCGACAUCUUCACAAAACGACAACCAGGGACAUUUACUUCCUCGCUCACUCCGUAAUUCGUGGCUUUCUUACCAUCGUUGCACAGGGACUUUCUUGUUCGACAAGUCGAUCAUGUGUACGGGCAUCCACGAUGCCACAAGUUUGAACAUGAUUGAUCUGCACCAUUUGCGGCGUCAUCAGUCAGACAUGAAUGGUGAUACUACGACGAAAACUGAAAAAAAUGCCGAAAUACCGAUCGUAGAACGGCUCGACCGAUUUCGAAUUCCCAUGAGCAGCGUCAUUACAGCAGUGGCUGGGCACCCAAAUCAACACUCGGUAGUAUGUGGGGGUGAAAACAUGAGACUGCAAGUUAUGAGUGUAGUUGGCAAUUGA